GGCAAUCUCGACGGUCAAGGUGUUCAGGUUGUUGCUCAAUGAUCGUCCCUUCCCGUUGUGUCAUGUCGGAAGGUUGUUGGUGGUGUCUCUACAACCCCGCAAAAUGGAAGGGAGGGGAAUUUUUGGUGGAGACUUUUUGUGCGCUUGCCCGAGCGUCUAGACCACCACAGGGCAACGACGACGGUGAUGCCGGAUAGCAAUUUCUGCCCAACAGUCAGCGUUAUCCCGAGAGAAAAGGUCAAAACCACCAACCAUGAGCGCCCGAUCCCGAUCAUCGUCACCCGAGUUUGAUCCGUUGGCCUUCGACCAGGAUUUCACCCCCCUACCGGAGUACAAGGCACCUACCGACACGGCUCUCGACUUUGGUGGUCUUCUGCCCGAGCCUUUGAAGCUCCACGAAGAUUUAAAGACGGGAUGCGGAGGCCAGCUUUGGCCGGCCGGAAUGACCCUCGCCAAGCAUAUGCUGCGCUACCAUGGCGAUAAGCUGCAAAAGGCUCGGAUACUCGAGAUUGGCGCCGGCGGUGGCCUUGUCGGGCUUGCAGUUGCCAAAGGCUGCAGCUAUGAAACUCCCAUGUAUAUCACAGACCAACUGGAGAUGGAAGAGCUCAUGGCACACAACAUCACCCUGAAUGGCCUCAAUGACAAGGUCAAAUCCAUGAUCCUCAACUGGGGCGAGCCACUACCAGAGGAAAUCGUUGCUCUCAAGCCUGAUACUAUCCUGGCUGCUGAUUGCGUCUACUUCGAACCCGCCUUCCCGCUCCUCCUUCAGACCCUGAAGGAUCUAUUGGCCCUUGAACCCAACGCCACCGUUUACUUCUGUUUCAAGAAGAGACGCCGCGCAGACAUGCAGUUUCUCAAGGCUGCCAGAAAGACUUUCAAGAUCACCGAGCUUGAGGACGAAGACCGGCCCGUGUUCACCAGAGAAGGCUUGUUCCUCUACGCGUUUACCCGCAAAUAAGAAAUGAAAAAGGUUUCAGCACCUCAAAGUUCAGCCAGCAUCACCAAAGGAUCUUCAAAGAGGUCGUCUCCGCACCCAAAGGAUUCAAGCGAGGCAUUUUGUCAAGAAGCCUCCAAUCAACCGACGAUGGCAACCAACGUGGGACGCGGAGUUGACGUUUUCGCCAGAGU